CACGUAACCCUUCCUGACUCGAAUAACCUACUGCACUGGUUUGUUUUGAGCGCAUGCGCAACGUCUGUCAUUCCGCCAUAUUCUGUGAUAGUGGUUAUUAAAAACGUCUAUCAGUAGAGAAAGUUUAAAAAAUUAAAACAUUGUGUCGAAUUUUCCAACAAGAAUGUGUCACAGACAACAUCUAGUGAUAAAGUGAUGUAAAAGGUGGUUGAGGGCAAGCAGCCAUCCCUAUUUUAUUUAUUUAUUGUCAGUAGUUUGUAGUAAAGAGUCAAAAUGCCCGGACCGCCGCCUCCACCGCCUCCAGGUAUGAUGCCGCCGCCCCCGCCGGCACCCAUGUCUCUUCCGAAAGCCGGCAAAUCGGACGACAGAGCGGCGCUUCUCAAGUCGAUCCAGAAGGGGGCGAAGCUGAAGAAAGCCGUCACGAAUGAUAGAAGUGCACCGGUGAUAGGGAAGACCGCCAACAACUCGAGCAGUUCGAGUCCGUCGAGCGUCGGGGGCACCCCGACGUCGGCCCCGAACGGCUUGAACCUAGGCGGUCUGUUCGCCGGCGGAAUGCCCAAACUCAAACCAACGGGAAAACUGGGUCCCAUCCACCACUCUAGUAAUAACCAUAACAAUAACGACCAGUUUAGCAAUAGAAAACCGGCGCUUCCAGCUCAGCCGUUCAAGAAUUCGAGUAGUCUCCAGAACGAAUUGAAGAAGCAGCUGGCGAGCGAUAAUAAAAAUCGGGGACCUCCUCCGCCGGCUCCGGUGCGAAACACCCCCGAAGAAAACGGCACCCGGCAACUCCCACCUUUGAAAAUCGGCUCAACCAACGGCCUGCACCUGAACCAGAGUUCGCUCCACUCGAACCGCCAAGCUCAGAAUAGCAGUCUACAUAGAAAAGUAAGAAGUAACGCCAAUUUAAGUACAUUAGAUAGUCCCGAACCAGUGAACGGUUUCAACCAACCCAACAAACCUGUGAUCAGUCACGGCAAGCCAAAUCUAGCUCCAAAACCACCAGUACUGAAUGCAAAACCCGUGGCGCCUCCGAAAAAACUCUUAGUCAACGGCAAACCAGUAAGCAGAGCCCACAGCAUGAAAAGCCCCAGGUCGCCCUCACCGCAGAGCCCCGACACCGCCGUCCCGAUGAAGUUCGGCACGGUCCGCAACCUGUCGUCGGUCAUCGGGCAAUCGCUGGCCAACUCGACGGGCAAUCUCAGCCCCAGGCCCAGACCGACGAUAAACGGCCGGCCGAACGCACCCCCUCCCUCCAUCCCGUCGCAGCACCCCCCGCCGCCGCCGCCGCACGGAAACCAGGCGCCUCUGCCGCCGUCGAAAACCUCCUACGUCAAACCCCCGAACCACGCGCCGCCGCCGCCGCCCUCCGCCUUACCUCAGCCCCCAACGCACACCCCUCCUCCUCCCCCGCACAGGAUGUUACCGUCGAGGGCGCCACCGGCGGUGCCGAAUAACUUCGCGCCGCCGCCGCCCCCGAGGCACUCGUCGAUGACGUCGACGCGGAAGGCCGCCGCCGACCUGGAGGAGAAGUACAAGCAUAUGUUUCAUGACCCCAGUACUUUUCCGAAGCCGCCGCCGUAUAGGAACACGUUUAAGGUGUAUGGGGGCAGACAAGGCUCCAAUUGCUAAUGGAUUUUGCAGCUGCAUGUUCACCAUUGCAUGAGUCAGUCGACUACUAACAACUGUAUGACAUUUAUGUUUGUGCUCUUCAAGGAAACUUAUUUUCUGUACAUAUGUCCCAUCUUUAUUUCAUGUUAUUUAUUGGGAAUGUUUUUAUUAUAUUUUUUUUGUGCAAUACUUAAUUUGUACAUUGCUUCUUUUUUUUUUUUCUAACAUUUGUCGACCUGAAUAAUUGUCAAGUUUAAAGCGACGAAACAGGAAAUCCUGCUGUAUCUAAAUAAAUUUAAAUCGACUGCUAAUUGUGUAUUUUAAUAGCGCAUUAAGAACUUGACAAUUUUUCGAAAAAUGGGGCGAUAAUGUAACAAGUAUCUUAUUGUAGCUGGUAGCAAGCAACAAGCACCACAACCGCCAAAUUUACAAUCGACAAGUAGAACAUGGGACGCUUCGUCAGCCUGCUAGCAUCAGAUUUCUUAAAUUCUUCAUUUUGAUGUUGUUGCUCAAAAACGUGCAAUUUUCAUAUCAUUUUUUCGGUGGUUUUAGAAUAGCUUUAUUGUGUGAAAGUGGGCCGUUUUGGCCGUGCUUACUUGGUUGUUCUUGAACUGUCACGGCGGGGUUGACUUAAUGACAACAAUAAAAAUGACACAAUGAUUAACCGUCGUGAUAGUUCAAGCACAUGGUGAGGUCGCUCGAAAUGCCCCACUGUCCCGAAACACCAAACGUGUAAUGUUAUUGUGUGAAAAUUUUGACUUAAAACGACUGGAUUGUUACUAAACAAAGUGCUUUAUGUUUGAAAUCAUAUUUGUAAGGGGCUGGAGGCCGCUAAUGUGUUUCAAAAUAUAACUGAACAAUAUUGUUAGUCUCGUUGGCUGUGGAUUUUCGUAGGAUGUUUAUUUCUUCGCAUUUUUAUUUUCCAUUGUCACUAUUGAGGAAGACUGCUGCGAACAAACAAAUAUUUUUCUAGCAGUAUUUUCGGGUUGGAGAAUAUUACCACUAUGGCAAGUUAUUUAAAAAUGGGUUUGUAUUAGUCAAAUCGACCGGUUAUCAAGUUAUGUAUUUUCAUUUAUUAGUCAUUUAUAUGUAUAAUUAAAUAACACUUGUUAUAGUUUUCACGUAAUUGUUAAUCUAUUUAAAAACCAAAUCUAAUAUAAUAGGGUUUAUAAGUCUAUUAAAACAAUUUAAAUUAGGUACUUAUAUCUUCUAAGUAUUGCUAUGAUUUAAAGCAAAUAUGACGAAUACGCUACAUUUAUUUGUCUACUAGUAUUCUUUUUUUAUUAUUUAUUUAUGUUUGUAUUUUAUUGUAGCCUUUUCGGGUUCGUCUUUUUUAUGUCAUUAUUUUACUUUGUAAUUUUUUUCUAGAUUUUAGAAAUUGUUAUUGCUAGUCACGAAUAAAAUCUUCCAUUAGCAAAUAUUUCAGUCAGUGCCUAAAUAUCUUUGAAAUGUAUAUAUUGAAUGUAAAUAUCAUGUACAAACAAUAUAAUAAAAAAUAAUAUUCUA